GCGCACUUUUGUCCACUGUAAUAUAUUAAAUUGGAAAAAUGACAAAAAAAUUGAUGUUUUUCUUACAGGUGAAGAUCUCAGAGGAUCAUCUGAGGCGGUGUGUCGCACACCUCGGGGCUUUAGUGAUGGAGAGAGAGCGCCGCAGCUUCCUGCUUUACUCGCAAUUCUAUGAACAAAUCCUGCAGCAGAACCAAAAGCUACUGUACCAGAGAGAACAGGAUUUAAAAGCCACAGAUGUAAAAAAACAGAAAAGGAAUCGUCUGCAAGAGGUCUCGGGCUCGUGCCGUCACAUGAUGCUGGAGAUCUCAGCUCUGCAGGCUCGAGUCGCUCACCUGGAAGAUGAGAAACACUCUCUGGAAGAGAAACUGUGCCUCAAAUUUAAAGAACAUUACGACCAUGUGGUUCGACAACUGGUCUCCACCUGUGUCCAGCUGAAGGCCAAACUAGACGAGCAUCCCCUGCAGAUGGAGCAGGACGUCUCUGUGCUGGUCAACACCGUCAGAGGAGAAGGAGUGGAGAGACUCGUGCAGAUCAAGAACAAGUACGACUGCACCAAAGACAACUGGGAUCUCACAGUCACACAGUUAAAGAAGGUUGAGCUUCACGAUCUGAGCCUGGAGAACAGUCAGCUGACGUCUCUGCUCUGUAAACUGAAGGCUCUGAGUCGAUGGAAGCAGACGGUGGACCAGGAGAAACUUCACAGACAGCUGCUCCAGACUCAGCAGAGGGAGAUUAGCAGUCGCUCCGAUGCCCUCAGAGUGAAGAUGGUGGCGGAGGAGGAGGUGCUUCUCCUCCAGGAGGAGCUGGACGCUGUUCGUCAGAUGCUGAGCUCCUGUCAGGCCGAGUGCAGCCGAACCAAGAAGCUGCUCAGCAAGAAGAGCGAGGAGCUCCAGAUGGCCAGACAUCAGUCCGCAAAGGAGGCUCGCAGCAGGCAGGAGCUGGACACCUACAGAGCAAAGAGUCUGGAGCAGAUGAGAGUAGAUGUAGAGGACAGAGACAGACAGCUGAGGGCGCUCUCUGAGCAGCUGGACAGAGGCAGUAAGAUGAGCCAGUUCCAGAGACAACGCAGUGCCAAGAAGAUAAGACAGGUGAAGGGCCAGUUGCACCAGGAGCGCAGUCUCAAACAAGAAGCCUUCCAGCAGGUAGAGAAGCUGCAGAACCAGGUGGUGGACAUGGAGGAAACGUUCUCCAGAAACAGCUCUGCUGCAGUGCAGAGCAGGAGUGGUUACAGACUGUCAGCCAGCAGAUGGAGCUGUAGUAGAAGUCCUUCUGCAAGCCUGCAGAGACUCAGUCAGCAGCUCAGAAGUCUAACUUCAGAUUCUACCACACUUCUGGACCCGGCCUCAGAACGUAGACACCUAAGAGCAGCAACAGACCAGAGUCGGUCCAACACCAGAAUCGACCGACAAAGAGCAGAACCGUCUCAGCUGCACGUUCUGACGCCACAGAGGUUGUUACCUGAGCUGUAAAGGACACAAAAAAAAA